GCAGUGUAGCCGGCGGGUGGUGACUUACUCCGAGGAUCGAGAGGCAGCGAGAAGAGCCGGAGACCACUGGCACUGCGUCUUCCCGGCGGUGCGGACAGGGCGCCCGGCGUGUGCGGCUGCCGGAGAGCUCGCGGUGGCGCCCCCUCCCUCCGGUCGGCUGACUUCGGGGCCGGCGCAGGUGGGCCAGGCAGGGCACCGCGGGUCUCCGGUUCCCACGGAGGCGAGCUCGCUGUCUCUGCGAGGGGGAGGGGCCAUCCUAAAAAUAUGUAAAUAUCCGAGCGCCGACUCCGCGCUGGGCCACCAGCCAAGGUCCCAGCGCCGCCGCCACCGCAGGGUGCUUUACAUGAAAAUGAGAAGCCUGACACGAUCCGCGCUCUGACUGAAGGCUGCUCGGUGAUUAGCAUGAGACUGGGCGGCUGUCCUGCUUCCUGCCCUUCACUAGCCAUUCUGCGCGCUGGAGACGGAGCAGCCGUGCCACCGUGCGCGGGGCGGGCGGCGGGCUCCGCAUCCUUGGCAGCCAUGGCUCGCGUCGCCGCCUGGGCCAGUAAGUAGGAGCAUGCAUGUGUAGGGGGCACACGUGUGUCGGCGCACCCACCUACACACGGCACCCCACCCCGCGCCUCGCGAGGAGGAAGAUUGACGAGGCGCUGCAGUCGCGGGGACGACUCGGGCUCUUCCCGGAUUCCGCAGGAGCCCGCCUGCCGCAGCCGCGGUCCGCAGAGCCUGCUCCGGCCCCUGUGCACACGCGCCCCCGGCCCGAGCCUCUGGAAUGAAGACCGCCUCCCGAGGACUGCAGGGGAGGCAGAGCCAGCCUGCGCCGGGGACUGCGGGCCGCGCGGCGGAGAGGCCCGGGGGGACACGACUCGGACGCUGUCAUCCCCACGCCUCGCACUGAGCCACCCGGUGCGGUGGGUGCGCAGCCGCCCCUCUGGCUUCCUGGGCGCCCGAUCCCGGGUCAGCCCCGGAGGCCUCGGCGUCCUCGUUUGCUUGAGCCUUUUGUGCGGUGGCUCACAGUUGGCUAAGCACUCCUGCGCUGAAUCGGGCCAUUGUCUGCGCUCCCAUUGCUUUCACGCUGCAAGUCUCGGCGCCCCCACCCCGCCCGCCCCCUCCCCGCCUCCUCCUGGCCGGGGAGCCUCCUAACGUGCCUUUCCCCCCAGGAAUCUGGAAGCUAUAAGCCGGGCGGAUUGCAAAUGAAGUGUAAUGCAUUGUGGGACGUGUGUAAAAUCGGAGCCUUCGCCGUGGGGGUGUGGGGGGGCGUGGGGAGGGCCGGACCCGCCGCUGGCGGUGUAGACGCCGACGAGGAGGGGCUGGGAAAAUGUGCGCAGAGCCCGCCCGGGUCGUGCCCGCCGUAGACUGAUGAAGCAGCGCGCUGCGCCCCGGCGCUGAGGCCCGGAGGAUCGGGGCAGCAGGUCGCCCUCCCCACCAUGAAGAAGACCCGGAGCACAACCUUGCGGCGAGCCUGGCCUAGCUCGGAUUUCUCGGAUCGGGCCUCGGACCGCAUGAGGUCCCGCAGCGAGAAGGACUACCGCCUGCACAAGCGCUUCCCCGCGGCCUUCGCGCCCCAGGCUUCGCGGGGCUACAUGACGUCAGGUGAUGUGUCACCAAUCAGUAUGUCUCCCAUCAGUCAGUCUCAGUUUAUUCCACUCGGGGAAAUCCUUUGCUUGGCCAUCUCAGCAAUGAACUCGGCGAGAAAACCUGUCACCCAAGAAGCACUCAUGGAGCACCUGACAACGUGUUUCCCAGGUGUCCCGACCCCAAGCCAAGAGAUUCUGCGGCACACGCUGAACACGCUGGUGCGGGAGAGGAAAAUCUAUCCGACCCCAGAUGGCUAUUUCAUCGUCACCCCACAGACUUACUUCAUCACUCCCUCCCUCAUAAGAACUAACAGUAAAUGGUACCAUUUGGAUGAGAGGAUACCUGACAGGUCUCAGUGCACCUCUCCACAGCCCGGAACCAUAACGCCCUCUGCCUCAGGCUGCGUCAGGGAAAGGACAUUGCCCAGAAACCACUGCGACUCCUGCCACUGCUGCCGAGAGGACAUGCACAGCAUGCACGCGUCCACUCUGCAGAGGAAACCUGCCAAGGACUGCAAAGACCCUUACUGCCCUCCUCCUCUGUGCCAGGUGCCACCCACUGAAAAGAGCAAAAGUACUGUAAACUUUUCGUAUAAGACAGAAACUCUCUCAAAACCUAAAGACAGUGAAAAGCAGUCCAAAAAAUUCGGGCUCAAGUUAUUCCGGCUAAGUUUUAAAAAAGACAAGACCAAACAGCUGGCCAAUUUCUCCGCCCAGUUUCCCCCCGAAGAGUGGCCCCUGCGAGAUGAGGACACGCCGACCACCAUCCCUCGGGAGGUGGAAAUGGAAAUCAUCAGGCGGAUUAACCCGGACUUGACCGUGGAAAACGUCAUGAGGCACACGGCGCUCAUGAAGAAGCUUGAAGAAGAAAAAGCACAGAGGAGUAAAGCUGGGUCCUCUGCCCAUCACAGCGGAAGAAGUAAAAAGAGCAGGACUCAUCGAAAGUCCCACGGAAAAUCUCGGUCCCACAGCAAGACGCGGGUGUCUAAGGGAGACCCUUCGGAUGGCUCACACCUGGAUAUCACGGGGGACAGAGAGUAUGACUUUUGCGAUCCUCUCACCAGGGCACCCAGGGAGGGCUGCUUCAUCAUCGAACACAAAGGAGAUAACUUUAUCAUGCACAGCAACACGAACGUGAUUGAGUCGCAUUUCCCCAUGACACCGGAAUGGGACGUGUCUGGUGAAUUGGCCAAAAGGAGAACUGAGAUGCCUUUUCCUGAACCUUCCAGGGGAAGCUCCCACUCAAAAGUGCACCGAAGCCACAGCCAUACCCAGGACCGAAGGUCCAGGAACGAGAGAUCCAACAAAGCCAAGGAGAGGUCCAGAUCCAUGGAUAACUCCAAAGGCCCCCUGGGUGCUUCUUCUCUAGGGACGCCCGAGGACCUUGCUGAAGGCUGUAGCCAAGACGACCAGACCCCCAGCCAGUCCUACAUUGACGACAGUACUUUAAGGCCUGCACAGACCGUCGGUCAUCAAAGGGCUCACCUUUCGUCCACAAGCUAUAAAGACGUGUGUAUUCCAGAAAUAGUCAGUGGCGGCAAGGAACCUUCCAGCGCUUGUAGCCUUUUGGAACCAGGCAAACCACCCGAGAGUUUGCCGUCCUAUGGUGAACUCAACUCAUGUCCAACAAAAACAGCCACCGACGACUAUUUCCAGUGCAACACCUCUAGUGAGACGCUGCUCACCGCACCAUCGCCUCUGGGAAAAAAUAAGGAGGACCAUGACACUCUGACCCUCACAGAAGGGGUGAAAAAGCUGUCUCCAUCUGAUAGGCAGGCCCCCCAUUCCUCCAGGGAGCCUGUAGGGCACAAGGAGGAGUCCCCAAAAGGGCCCGGUGGGGGCCCGGCCACUUCGGGUGGAGUGGCCGAAGGGAUCGCCAACGGACGCCUUGUCCAGCACCAUGGUGCCGAGCCCAGCAGCUUGGACAAGAGGAAAGAGAUAUUCAGCAAAGACACACUGUUCAAACCUCUUCACAGCACCUUGUCUGUAAACAGCUAUCACAAAUCGAGCCUGUCCCUCCUCCGAUCUCACCCGAAGACACCUACUGACACACUGCCAGGCCGAUGCGAGAAACUGGAACCUUCCCUGGGGACCUCGGCAGCACAAGCCAUGCCUGCUUCCCAGCGUCAGCAGGAGUCGGGAGGGACCCAGGAGGCAUCCUUUGACUAUUACAACGUCUCUGAUGAUGAUGACUCUGAGGAAGGGGCAAACAAAAACACGGAGGAGGAGAAAAACAGAGAUGAUGUAGGCACCAUGCAGUGGCUCCUCGAGAGGGAAAAGGAAAGAGACUUGCAGAGGAAAUUUGAGAAGAACCUCACCCUUCUUGCCCCAAAAGAAACCGACAGCAGCAGCAACCAGAGAGCCACCCAUUCAGCCCGGCUCGACAGCAUGGACAGCAGCAGCAUCACUGUGGACAGUGGAUUCAACUCCCCACGUACUCGGGAGAGCCUGGCUUCCAACACGUCAAGCAUUGUUGAAAGUAACCGCCGUCAGAACCCUGCACUGAGCCCGGCCCAUGGCGGAGCUGCUCCAGCCUUCAACUUCCGAGCAAGCACGGACCCCCCGACAAACGAAGCUGAGAAAUUACAGAAACCUUCCAACUGCUUGCAAGCUUCUGUGACUAGUGUGUGAUCGUCAUUCUGCCUCAGACCUUCUGUCUCAUUCGAUACAGCAAAGUUUACGACACUGGGACUGAUGUUUACAUCUUUGGAAAGACAAGCAUCUCAACCACAGUUUUUGUGUUUACUUAAACUGUGCUGCUAAGUAGGCUAGGGCAAAAAAGAAAAAAAAAAAAAAACAACAAAAAUCUUUAUUUCAAAGUAUUGCUUUUCACAUUUUUGGCUCUGUAGCAACUGAAUAGCAGUAGGGGUGAUAUGUAUACUUUUGCUUCACUAAUUGUAUCUGAGCACACAUAGGAAAGUCUAGACACUGUAAGUGUAAUAUGCAUUUUCAAUGUCAUACAGUUGCCAAUUCCAUUUUAAAAUGCCACAGAUGCGUGUUGCUCCCAGUCUGUGGCUAAAUGAUGCCGCAGAACUGAUCCUUGACACUUCCAAAAAAAAAAAAAAAACUACACAAAAAACUAAGCCACCACAAAAUGUCAGAUGCAAGGGUCUACCUUGAGCGAAACCAAUGCCAAACUGACUAGAAGGGACCCCAGCCCUUUGUGUGUGAGUUGUUUAUGCACCAGUCAUUUUUCACUGUGAGUUUCGUGACCUGUUCCGCAAGAGCCCAUGGAAGUGUGUGAGAAGGGGUCGUGAUGGAAAUACUGGGAGUGUUUGCUGUCAGAAUUUUGUUUUCAAGUGUAACAGAUGCUUGUCUGAUUUUUAACCUUCCAUAAUCACAAACAGGAAUAUAGGCCUAUGAAUCUGAAGUGGACAAAGGAAGGGAAUUCCAAUUCUGGCUGGGGCACAGCACUAAGUGAUGGAAGAGGUAAUGUGGACUUUUAAAAGGUGUUAAUCAAAUAUCGAAGGAAGGUAAUUUCCUCCUUGUGAUACUUAUGGUGAUCCUAUCUUACUAUAAUAGAUACAAUAAUUAGUUUGUUUAAAAGCAAAAUGUUCUUUGUGAUACAAAUGAAGAGUAUGGCCUGAGGAUGUUAUUCUUUCUAAUGGAAGGACAUAAAUCUAUUUUAUGUAGUUUUAAAUAGAAUGCCUAAAUUAGGCUGUGGGAGAUAAUUUUUAGUGGUUAUAGGAAAGAGCAAAUUUAGGGAGAGUUGAACUUCAGGCCUUUUAUUCCUGGGAAGAUAUCUAUAGAGAAAACUUUUAAAAUAAUUUUUGAUUAGAAAUAUACAUGUGCCCAUGUAAUGAAAAACAGAAUGUGCUCAUUCUGCUAUAAUCAUAAUUUGUACUCCCCUAAAAUUUAUGAAAAUAACAAUUAUGCAUACAUGAACUAUGCCAGAGUAAUGUUUACAGAUACUUUGUAACCAAUUUCAGGAGGCAUUUUUAGGUGGAUGUAUAGUUAUUCGCCCAACUUAUUUCAAAAUGGUUUGUUAACCUUUUUGCUUUGGUUUACAAUUCAUGUCGAAUACAAAGACUCAGACUCAGCAGCGAAGGGAUUACAACUAAUUCAGCUUCAAUCUUAUGGGAAAGACACGUUUCAAAGUUCCCUUGUUUUAUUUUCCGAGAACAAUGGAAUAGAUCUGUAGAUGACGGAAGUUAAGUGGUCUGACAUGAAGUUUUUUUUUAGGUUAGCGGUAUGUGCUAUUUGGAGCCAUAUACCAUAAAAAAUAUAUAUAUAUCCAAAAAUAAAUCUAAAAUAUUUUCACCUCAGAUUUCAGUAACUGGCAUAAAAUUUGUUAGACACUUCUGGUUCUGUAUUAGGCUUAAUCCCUAGCCAUCUGUUUAAAGAAUGCAGUCAUAUACAUAGUUGGACUAAUUCUUGAAACAUUUGAAUACUCCCUCAUGCUUUUUCUGUUAUUUGAAAGUUGCAUUGGGCCAAACUGGACUUUCUUUUUUGUGCUUAUUACAGUGAAACUUCCAGCACGUUUCUGAGUAAACUCCCACACCAUUGAAAUGUGUAAGCCAGUUGGCUUUUGCACUCAGGCCUUGCUUCCCCCAAGGCAUGCCUGGGCUGAUCAGAAAUGCUUUGUUUGUCUCAUUGCUUCAAUAUGUCCAGAACAACGAUGGUGUAUCUGAUAGACUGCAUAGUCUGUUUCCUUGGGGAGCUGUAUACCAUACGGUGACUAAGUUUUUCUCUCAAUUCAUUUUUUCCGAAAACCUACUCUCAAAUUUUUAUCAUACUAUCAGUUCAUAAAUAAUGUAACCAUUGAAACAAUACAUCAGCCUCUAGUUGAUCCUCUGCAAGUAGCCAUUGAAAUAAUCAAAUGCUGUGUGAACAGGAAUGGAAAGCAUUACCUUUAAGAGAAGCUUUAAGAUAGGAAUUUAUUGAUAUUUACAAAAAAUAGGUUUACAGAAGACAUUAUUCAAAUAAAAUGUGUACACUCUUUGCCUGAUGCUAUGGGGUACAUGAUUUAGAAAACAAACAGACAAACAAAAAACUCCCAUAGACCAGCAGCCAUUAGCAUAGAAGUGAUGGACUUUAAGGAUGGUACCUGUAAGCAGACGUUCCACCUAGAGAGAUUCCCAUUUGUGUCUCGUGAGGAUUCCUGAGCGGGGGAGGCGCGGCGGCGGGAAGCCCGUUACCAGUGUGACCCAAGGUGGUUCUCACCAAGACAGUGAGGUUCUCAGUGCCCAAACCCUGGGGCCCUCCCCAAGCUUCGCCAAUCUCCUUUUCCUCCAGCAAAUGCAUGGCUUUGUGUUCCAUGCCUGCUUAUCCAGUCUUAGAGUUUAUCAACUGAAAGGUUUACAAAACUGAAUCCGGUUGAAUCUCUGUGUAGCGUUCAACUUUAAAGGGUCAACACAUCUGUCGGCAUUUUGCACACUUAUGUAUUAUUAUGAUACAGCAUAUUACUUUAUGGUAAUUUUAUUUUUACAUAUAACUACCUCCAUAAAUUUGAUGAAAUGGCAGCAGUGUGUUAAAAGUGUAUUGUUCAGAAAAGCAGAGUUUAAAACUUUCUGAAACGUUAGGCCAUGGCGUUCUGUGUGUGUGUGUCGGUGAUUGCCCGUGUGGACUCAUGACUUUCCCAUUGCCGUGGCUUGCUCUUGCUGCAUUUGGCUUUCAGAUGUCAUCCUGUCUUCUCCUCUCUUCCCCACAAAAGAGCACUUGAUUUUGUUAUGAAUGAACAGAAGUUCAAAAAUUCUUGUGUCCCCCUUGCCCAUCCCUGCUAAAAGUUCUCUGGCGAAGAGCCAAUUGGUAAAUACGAUGUAGCAAGCUAUUUACUCCUAUGGAAGUCUGAUUGGAAUUCUAGGUUUUCGGUAACAGAAGACACAUGAGAAAUGUGGACUGCCAACCUUGAAGCACUUUGGGCCUCUCUGCCUUCGCUCGCAUGCUACCGUAUCGAGCCCAGACUUCACUUUAAUUAAAAGAGCUGUGCUGUGAAUCCCACAACUUCUGUUAAAUAAUUUGUAUUCCAUUAUAUAUAUUUUUGCACAUCUCAGGGGACCAUAAUGAGCAUCUGGGGGGGAGGGGUGCCAUCAAAUAGAGAGAACAAAUAGAAGAGGUGGAAAGGAACUAGCUGGGUAAAAAUAACAAAGUUCUGCUUCUCUGAUGUUGUGACGCUCAAGUUCAGGAAGCAUACAUUGAAAGUUAAUCUGGACUAACAACGAUCUGAACACCAGCUGUUCCAAAAUCUCUCUUUUUCAUAACCCAACCAGCAUUUCUAAAAUGUAAAUUUAAAUUAUAUCGCAGUCACCCUGGGGAGAAGAAACCUGUUGAGUGGAGGCGGAAGCACUGUUCCUUUUUUUAGGUUGGCACAGCUUUGUAAAAUUCGACCCAGGAUAAACCACUUACCCCCAAGUGUACUUGAAAAUAAAGUUUUUAGCUUAAAUUGUAGGCAUAUCACUCACCAUACACUAGGGAUCAUUUUUUGAAAGUCUUGCCAUUUAUAACAUGGGCAGUAUUCGGAGCUUGAUUUAAAAACCCCAACAACCAGUGAUGACUUUGCAUAGUUCAUUUUGGGAUCUCAAAGUGCUUCCAAAGCAUUCGGAUUCACAAACAAUUAACAAAGCAAGUCCUACUUGUGAUAUCCAUACUUGAAAAGAAUAAACAGAAGGAGUGACUUACGAUUACCUAGAAACACAGUGGCAGCUAUCAAUGACCUAUUUUCUAUCUGUUUGGUAGAUCAUGAGAAAUCACUAAAUACAAUGCUAUUUUUCUGAUGUGUGCUAAAUAAAGUCAAAGAAAACAAAUACAACUUUACACCUUUGUCCAUGUUCAUUCAAAAAUUUCAGGGUGUUUGGAAUUUUACACCUUAGCACACCUUACUGGUAUCGAUUUAUGAAGUGGGAGGUUAAUAAAUCUGCCCAAAUGCCAUUGCAGUCAGAGGCAGACCUGGACAUACACCCUGUUUACAGUUUCCUAUUGGGUUUCUAUAAUUCCUGUGCUAAAAUACCAUCUUUCAGGAACAUGACUGCUCCUGGCAGUGGAAGGUGCUGAAACAGAAAUUUUAAUUAAAAACUUUAUCAAGUACUCUCCACAGUGCUCCUGAGCACAAUAGAAAUUCACUAGAAUAUAUUGAGUCCUACUCAGGAGGAUCUAGAUUUCUGAGGGAGCUGAUCCAGUUCUAAGUCUUCUCAAAUCGGGAGACAUAAGGUCCUUGGCAGGGAUCUUCUGCCUUGCACAGACCAGUCACAGAGCCCACUAGCAGUGGGCAGUCAGACUCCAGUGGGCCCACGCAGGAGGGACCACUUCUCCCCGCUGCCCCCAGGACUGUCCUGCCCAUUGUCAAGGUCGUCCAGGACUCUUCUGCUACUGAGUGACUCUCCUGCACAUGUUUAGGGCCUGGGGAAGCUAUAACACAGGAAAAAUGAAUGGAAAAAACAUGGAAAACCUUGUUUUGCUUUGGGUUAGUAAAAUACGGGCAGGAAAGAGAUUACUAUCCAUCUGAGCUUUGCCAAGUGAGAUAAAAGAAUCAGCUGUCACCCCGUCCCUCUCCCAGAAGGUUUUAUAGUAAUAAGGAUACAUCCAAUAUUUUCCCCCAUAGAGUUUUAUUUAGGAGACAUUUCAUAAGUUACAUGAGUGAAAAAAAUUCAUGAUUAGGUUUCCGUGUGUGUUUCAAACAGACAUCGGCACCUCCCUGAUCGAGUCAAUCUCUGCCUCUCCUGCAGCAUCCCAGAAAGAGAUUCCCAGUGACGGCUCCCCUAACACGUGUCUUUACUGUUGUUCUAUGACUUACAGGUGAUGAUCUACAAGAUUUAGAAUUCUGCAAGGCUCAAAGGGGACUAAACUUUCUUAUGAUUGUAUAUUAUCAGUAACAGGGCUUUGAUUGCUAAUUGUUGGCUUUAAAUGUGAACACACACACAGCCUGUGCCAACAAGAGAAAGAUGUUUCCAAAUAAGGCAGGGAUGAUUCUGGAAGGUUGGAAGUGUAAGAUGAGAGGCGUGGCUGGUCCAUGUACAGCUGCCUACCUCCCUGUCCAAAGGCUGACCUUGGUACCCCCGUGCCCUUGCUCCCACCAAAAAGAGGUACCAAAUCUGAGACUUGAGAUCUCUUCCAACAUCAGUGCUCUGCAGUUCCAGGAAAUCAAUCAUGAAGUACACACUCAGCAGCACCUCCCCUUCCUUUCCUGCAAGGCCCUCCGUCCCGUUCCCCCGCCCAGAUACCGGCACACUUUCCACAUUGGAAGGGCAGAACACUGCAGCAUUGUGCACACGUGCUGGGUUAGGAAUAGGGCUGCCCUCGAGUCACCUUCAUGUAAGUAUUGACAGCUACAAAUUCAAGUCCUUAGAGCAGUUGACAUAGAUACUACGUUCUAGAAAAGAAUUAAAUUUAAACAUCAAGUUUAAAGGGAUCAUAAUUCUGCAGGUAUCUUUCUCUGAGUGACUGAAUGUGACUAUUGCAUUAGGGUAAAUGAAUUAAGAAGUGCAAGUGGGAUUUACUGUAUGUUAGAAAGGAGUUUUGCAGCCAAGACUGCCUUGAAUAAAAUGUGUUUGCACUGAAAAAAAAAAAAAUUUAAAUUACUUGGUCUCUGGUUGCUGUAAAGGUCAUCCAAGAUGGAUGUUCUGUUUAUAUUGUAUAGUAUUUCAUAUGAAAUAAUUACAGUUCAUGAAAUGUCUUCCCUAAUGUUACUGAUUUAUAACAGCACAUUUGUAACAUGGUUUUUAUCGUGUCAGUGUACCAUAUUGUAAAUGAUGAUUACUUGUCAUGCUUAGUAUAAUAACUUAAAAGGAAAAAAAGGACAGGGAUUUUUGUAAGUCUAUAUUUGAAAGUCCCUCCAUAUGGUAAUAUUGUGUUCAUGUUGUUUAUGUAGUGUUGUGUGAAAUAUCCAUUUUGGAUUGUGUUACUUUUUAAGAUAUUAAAUAACAUUUGGUUAUA